CAACAGAGCUUCGUUCUUCUUCUUGAAGCUCCUGAACAGAGCUUCUUCACAUGGUAUCAGAGCCACGGAAGAGUUGAAUCUCUGAGUUAGUUUCUUCACAAUCUGAAGACAAGAGUUCUAAGAAUCUUGAGUUGAAAGUCGAGAGUCUGUCUAAAUUCAAAGACUGUUAGCUGUUGAAAUUGAUCAAAUCAUACCUUCAACUGGAGAUGGAGCUUCAAGUGAAGUUCAACAACAAGUUCCAGUCGCAACUGCUGCCAAAAUAGAUCACAAUCAUCCUCUCUUUAUACACCCUUCAGAUACUCAAGGUUCUGUUCUGAUUUCAAUUCAAUUGUUGGGUUCUGAAAACUAUUCUUUGUGGAGCAAAUCUUUAAAACUUGUGUUACUAGGAAAGAACAAGUUAGGAUUUCUACUUGGAACUUGUAGAAAGGAGAUGUAUUCUGAAUGUUUACAUGAUGUAUGGGAUAGAUGCAAUGCAAUUGUUCUUGGAUGGAUUAUGAAUACUGUGUCUAAAAGUUUGAUUAGUACAGUGAUCUAUGGAUCUGAUGCUCAUUCAGUGUGGGAAGAUCUACGUGAAAGAUUUGAUAAAGUAAAUGCAUCUAGGGCCUUUUACCUUCACAAAGAACUAGUUACUAUGUCACAAGGAACUUCUUCUGUGUCAAUAUAUUUUUCAAGAUUGAGAGAGUUAUGGGAUGAGGCUGAAACUUUGAUUCCUUGUCCUUCAUGUGCUUGUCCUGAGUCUAAACAAUACAUUGAACACUUACAAUUUCAAAAAUUAUGGCAAUUUCUGAUGGGGCUUAAUGAGUCUUAUGCUCAUGCAAGAAGCCAAAUUUUGAUGCAGAUUCCAGUCCCAAGUGUAAAUCAAGCUUAUGCUAUGAUUGUUAAUGUUGAGAGUCAAAGAAUACAUGGUGCAGGAAAUACAUUUUCAUCUGCAGAAGCUGUAUCUGAAACAGCAUUGAUGAGUAAUAGAAUGUCUCUUAGUUCUUCUCAGUCUGGACAUGGUGGAUACCACAACAAUAAUACAACUUCCUCAGGAACUGGAAGGGGAAUUUCUAAUUUUCAGAAUAAUGGAUAUAGAAAUAAGGGGUUUGGAGAUGGAAGAACUGGUUACACUACAGGAAAGUCUCAACUCUAUUGUGAAUUCUGUCAUUAUAAAGGACAUACAAAAGAAACUUGUUAUAAGCUUCAUGGUUAUCCAAAGAAGAAAGGAGGAGUAUCUUCUUAUGCAAAUAAUGCUGCUUCUGCUGAAAAUGAAUCUGGAAUGGUAGACUCAACUUCAAGAUCAAAUACUAGAACAAAUGAGUCAUCUAAUGACACUACUUUAGGACAGGGUGUGUCAAUGUUUACUCAAGAACAAUACUAUGAGAUAUUACAGAUGCUGAGAAAAGGGAAGAGUAAGGAAGUGGAUACAAUGGCCAAUGUAGCUACUGCAGGUGUAUCUGGAACAUCAGGAUCUCUUCAAUGGGAGGGUCCUGGGGAUUGGUAAAGAGAAUCAAGGAUUGUAUAUCCUCAAUACUGCUGCCACAACAAAGCCUUCAAAUGAUCAAGGUUCUUCUGGAGGA